AUGGGUUUCAACCAGCUCUCAUUCCUUCUCUCAUCCACCCUCUUUCUCCAAGCCCUCGCGGCCCCGGCAAACAACGCCCGAGCCGCAACCCCGUCGGUAACAAUCGCCUCCGGCGUCGUCGUCGGCGCCACCUCAGCCCCCGGCGCAAACACAUACCUCGGAAUCCCCUUCGCCAAGUCGCCCCCGGAGCGGUUCUCCCCUCCCCAGGCCCCGGCAUCAUGGUCCACCCCGCUCACCGCGACGGCCUUCAAGCCCGCCUGCAUCCAGCAGUUCUCCGACAGCGGCAACGCCCAGACCCUCCAGAAGGCCAUCUUUGGUAACCCAACCGGGCCCCUGACGGCUGAGAGCGAGGACUGCCUCUACCUCAACGUCUUCACGCCGCCCACCGCGACCCCGACCUCCAAGAAGGCCGUCAUGUUCUGGAUCUUCCCGGGUAACCUCCAGUUCGGCACCGCAAGCCUGCCCAUCUACGACGGCAGCACCCUCGCUGUUUCCCAGGACGUCGUUGUCGUCACCAUCAACUACCGCACCAACAUCUUCGGCUUCUCCAACUCCCCCGAGGUCGCCACGGGCUCCCAGAACGCCGGCUACCUCGACCAGCGCUUCGCCCUGCAGUGGGUCCAAGACAACAUCGCGUCCUUCGGCGGCGACCCCAAGCGCGUCACCAUCUUUGGCGAGUCCGCCGGCGGCGAGUCCGUGAAGCAGCUCCUCGCGAACCCGCCAUCCCCGCUGCCCUUCGCCGCGGCCAUCAUGGAGUCCCAGCAGAGCCUGCUCCUCGGCUCCGGCCUCGACAGCUACAACAAGGUCCUCAAGCAGUUCUCCUGCGCUGACAUCGCCUGCCUGCGCAAGGUGGACGCCACCGCGAUCAAGGCCUACAUCGAGUCCGCCGCGCUCGUCUUCCCGCCCGUCGCCGGCGACGGCACCGCGACCAAGGACGUGCGCCCCAGCAUCUCCGGCAAGACGUGGCCCAAGAUCCCGGUCAUGAUCGGCACCACCCUCAACGAGGCGCGCGCCUUUCUUGCGGUUGACGGGAUGAACGACGGCAGCGGCGCGAUGAGCGACGCGCUCUCCAUGGUCGGCAUCACCGACGCCGCGACCAAGAACUCGAUCCUCGCCAAGUACGCCCUCCAGGGCUUCAACGACCCGUACACCCUCGCGGACCGCAUCAUCACCGACGCCGUCUUCACCUGCACGACGUCCACGCUCGCGUCAUACCUGGCCUCCAACGGGUACACGGCGUACCGCUACCGCUACGACCCGUCCUUCACGUCGACGAGCAUCUUCGCGAACGCGGGCUCGUACCACACGAGCGAGAUCCCGUCGGUUUUCGGGACGUACGGGCAGUACGCCAAGUGGGGCGCCGCGUCGGCGCAGCAGACCAAGUUGAGCUCGUGGAUGCAAGGCGUCUGGGGCGGGUUCGCGAAGAACCCGGCCGGCGGCGUGGGGUGGACCAAGGUGGGCGGCUCAUUGUUGGGCAUGGAUUUGGGGUUGAUUGGGUCUGGGUCGUCGACGGGGGUGACGCCGGUGUCGUCGCUUUUGACGGCGGAUUAUAUCUGUCCUUUGUACUAUGGGCUGGAGGACGCGCUGGGCUUUUCGUGGUAG